AUGUCAAUGCCUUGGCCACCAGCCUGGGGCCCGGGAUUUCUCGGCGAAAUUUCUUCGGCAUCAACGAGCAAGGAUCAUCGACUAGCCGCACAAGUGCUAUCCUCGCUUGGCGGGCAGAUGUCCCAACCAUUUCAACAAGGCAACCAACCGCAAAAGAAAAAUAACUCCCGGCCUCAAGCAGCAAGGGCGGAUCCUUGCCAGAUUAAUUUUGGUAGUAUGCAGAUGACACCCGAAAACAUGAUGGCAAUGGUCUCACAAAACAUGCCAAAUGGUGGCUCCAUGGGUAACGGACAUGGGAGAAAAGAUAAAGGGAAUGAUUAUCACUGCCCGGUGCAAUUAUGUUCGAAGUCGUUCAACUCACAGGAUAAACUCCAGAGACACUUAGUGAUACAUAGCGCAGACCGGCCACAUGAGUGCCAAUAUUGUCAGCGGCGGUUUCGACGCGUUGACCAUUUGAAAAAGCACGAACGGACACAUACUGGUGAGAAGCCGUUUAUCUGCGAUUUUUGUGGCCGUGCUUUCGCUCGUUCUGACAAGCUGUACACCCACAAAAAAGUGCAUCUCACUGAUGUUCCCACUUCCCUAACUAAUCUCAAUACGAUGUACCCUAACAUACCGGCCUCUCUGGUAUGUGUGCGGCCCAGUUCCCCGGGG